GGCCGUGAAGUGACUGACUGCCUGUCCGUCAGCCCAGAAACCAGAGGGAUGCUGCCGUGUGCUUGGUGACUGCAAUUCCCAGACGAUGGCUCUCUCAGUCUGGACGUGAGCGGACGACCGGAGGAGGGCAGCCGCACUAACUCGCUUCUCCGGCUAUUCCUCUCAUUAUUUUAUUAUUUUUUUCAAAUUUUUGACAGUCGGCGGGCCUACCUGGUGCCUUCCUGUCUCAGCCAGAGUGAGUGGAGCCGCUUCUCUUGGAGCCGGGGCUGAGGAGGGUGUGCUUGAAGGAUGAUUUUGAGCGUGGGCUUCGGCAUCUUCCUGCUUCUCUCUCACCGGGUCCUCGGCGCCGAGAGUCACCUUUCCACCGAAGUUCUGCUGCUAGACACAACAGCUGCACUUGGAGAACUUGGAUGGAAGGCAUACCCAGUAAAUGGGUGGGAUGCUAUCCCAGAAAUGGAUGAACGCAACAGACCCAUCCACACGUACCAGGUCUGCAAUGUGAUGGAACCAAAUCAAAAUAACUGGCUGCGAACAAACUGGAUUUCCCGUGAGGCAGCACAGAAAGUGUAUGUGGAAUUAAAGUUCACCCUGAGGGACUGCAAUAGCAUUCCCUGGGUUCUCGGAACCUGUAAGGAAACAUUCAACUUGUAUUACAUGGAAUCAAAUGCAUCUCAUGGAAUUAAAUUCAAACAAAGCCAAUAUACUAAAAUUGAUACAAUUGCAGCUGAUGAGAGCUUUACUCAGAUGGAUCUAGGAGAUCGUAUACUUAAACUAAACACUGAGAUCCGUGAGGUUGGGCCAAUAACCAAAAAAGGAUUUUACCUGGCCUUCCAAGAUAUUGGAGCUUGCAUCGCUCUUGUCUCUGUGCGGGUAUACUAUAAAAAAUGCCCAUUUACUUUCCGCAACUUGGCAAUGUUUCCUGAUACAAUCCCCAGAGUUGAUUCUUCUUCUCUUGUGGAAGUUCGAGGUUCCUGUGUAAAGAAUGCAGAGGAGAAAGAUACACCAAAACUCUACUGUGGUGCCGAUGGAGACUGGUUGGUUCCUUUGGGAAGAUGCGUCUGCAGUGUUGGCUAUGAGGAAGUUGAUGGAUCUUGCCAUGCUUGCAGACCUGGGUUCUACAAAGCUUUUGCCGGAAACAUCAAGUGCUCCAAAUGUCCUCCACACAGCUUCUCCCAUGAAGAUGCAUCAGAAGUGUGUGUAUGUGAAAAAAAUUACUUCAGGGCAGAAAAAGACCCACCAUCCAUGGCUUGUACAAGACCUCCUUCUACCCCUCGAGAUGUCAUUUUCAACAUUAAUGACUCAUCACUAAUCCUGGAGUGGAGUCCACCAGUCGACACAGGGGGACGAAAGGACCUCACCUACAAUGUCAUCUGUAAGAUGUGUGGCUUAGGCCCUAAGAAAUGCUCACUCUGUGGAGGAGGGAUGCGUUUUCUGCCUCGUAACACUGGUCUAACAAAUACCUCAGUGACCGUCGUUGACUUUCUUGCCCACAUGAACUACACAUUUGAGAUCGAGUCAGUGAAUGGUGUCUCCAGUGAGAGUAUGGUCCCCAGACAGUUUGCUAUUCUCACCAUCAUCACUAAUCAGGCAGCUCCCUCUCUGAUUGGGUUUCUGAGGAAAGACUGGGCAUCCCAGAACAGUAUUGGUCUGUCAUGGCAGGAACCCGAGCAUCCAAAUGGAAUCAUUCUGGACUACGAGAUAAAGUACUAUGAAAAAGAACACGAACAGCUCAGCUACUCCUCCACAAGGUCCAAAUCUCCCAGUGUAAUCAUUAAUGGACUGAAGCAGGCUACGAAAUAUGUAUUUCAGAUCCGUGCCCGGACUGCAGCUGGAUAUGGCAGUUACAGUCAGAAGUUUGAGUUUGAGACCGGAGACGAAUCAUCUGAUAUUGCCACAGAACAGGGGCAAGUUUUGGUCAUCGCAACUGCUGCAGUUGGAGGAUUCACUCUCCUCGUUAUCCUAACCCUCUUUUUCUUAAUCACUGGCAGGUGUCACUGGUAUAUUAAGGCAAAAAUGAAAUCUGAAGAAAAGAGGAGGACACAUUUCCAAAAUGGUCACAUCAGAGUCCCAGGGAUAAGAACAUACAUUGAUCCUGAUACUUAUGAAGACCCAUCUCAAGCAGUGCAUGAAUUUGCGAAAGAAAUAGACCCCUCCAGAAUUCGCAUAGAGAGAGUGAUUGGAGCAGGGGAAUUUGGAGAAGUCUGCAGUGGUCGGCUAAAGACACCAGGGAAAAGGGAGAUUCCCGUGGCUAUUAAGACCUUAAAAGGAGGUUACAUGGACAGACAACGGAAGGAUUUUCUCAGAGAAGCAAGCAUCAUGGGCCAGUUUGAUCACCCUAACAUCAUUCGUUUGGAGGGAGUCGUUACAAAAAGUCGGCCAGUAAUGAUAGUCGUUGAAUAUAUGGAAAAUGGAUCCCUGGACUCAUUUCUGAGGAAACAUGAUGGACAUUUCACAGUCAUCCAACUAGUGGGCAUGCUUCGUGGAAUAGCAUCUGGCAUGAAAUACCUGUCUGACAUGGGAUAUGUACACCGAGACUUGGCAGCUCGCAACAUACUUGUCAAUAGUAACCUUGUCUGCAAAGUAUCAGACUUUGGGCUUUCGAGAGUGCUAGAAGAUGACCCUGAAGCUGCAUAUACAACAACUGGUGGAAAAAUUCCUAUUCGAUGGACUGCUCCUGAAGCAAUAGCCUACAGGAAAUUCUCUUCAGCAAGUGACGUGUGGAGUUAUGGGAUUGUAAUGUGGGAAGUCAUGUCAUAUGGGGAAAGACCUUACUGGGAGAUGUCCAACCAAGAUGUCAUUUUAUCGAUAGAAGAAGGCUAUCGACUUCCUUCCCCAAUGGGCUGCCCAGCCACACUCCAUCAGCUCAUGCUUCAUUGUUGGCAAAAAGAACGUAAUCACAGGCCAAAGUUCACAGAAAUCGUCAGCUUCUUGGACAAGGUGAUUCGCAAUCCCAGCAGCCUUCAGACCUUAGUGGAAGAAGUACAUGGGUUGCCAGAAUCACCAGGUGAAGUCCCAGAAUUCUCUUUCUUUGUCUCAGUGAAUGAUUGGCUGGACUCAAUCAAGAUGGAUCAAUACAAGAACAAUUUCAUGGCUGCAGGCAUCACCACUUUGGAUUCUGUCACAAGGAUGAGUAUUGAUGACGUGAGAAGAAUUGGUGUCACAUUAAUAGGACAUCAGAGACGAAUAGUGAGCAGUAUACAGACUUUAAGACUGCACAUGUUCCACAUACAGGAGAAAGGAUUUCAUGUGUGA